UAGAUACACACAAUCGUCGCACUCCCAGAUUCUUCUCCGGAGCGAUCAGAUUUCACCGACGACGGUUCUUUUGCCUCCUCUUUCAAUCGGAGGACGACAAAGCUUAGAGCAACAGUUAUAUAUCUAUAUAUAGAGAGGUAGAGAGAGAUAGAGAGCUCCUCUCUUCCAGUAUUAGGGUUUUAAAAGCAAGAAGAAUUCACUACUAGAGAACAAAAAAAUGUCGGGUCUCCAUCGAUCAUCAAGUUCAUCGAAGAACAUCGGAAAUUGCCUCCCCUCCAAAGAACUUCUUGAUGAUCUUUGCAGUCGAUUUGUUUUGAAUGUCCCUGAAGAAGAUCAACAGUCAUUCGAGAGAAUUUUGUUUCUGGUGGAGUAUGCUUAUUGGUACUAUGAAGAUAAUGCUGUAGAGAAUGAUCCCAAGCUUAAGUCCCUGUCCUUGAAAGAGUUUACUUCGCUCUUAUUCAACAGCUGUGAUGUGUUGAGACCUUAUGUUACUCACAUUGAUGACAUAUUUAAAGACUUCACUUCUUACAAGUGUCGAGUUCCCGUCACUGGUGCAAUCAUCCUGGAUGAGACAUAUGAAAGGUGCCUGUUGGUGAAGGGAUGGAAAGGAUCGAGCUGGAGCUUUCCCCGCGGGAAGAAGAGCAAGGAUGAAGAAGACCAUGCUUGUGCCAUACGUGAGGUCUUAGAGGAAACUGGAUUUGAUGUCUCAAAGCUACUCAAGAAAGAAGAAUAUAUAGAGUUUGUUUUCAGGCAGCAAAGAGUACGACUAUACAUAGUUGCUGGGGUGAAAGAGGAUACAGUUUUUGCACCACUCACAAAGAAGGAAAUCAGUGAAAUCACAUGGCAUCGGCUUGAUCAUCUUCAGCCAGCAAGUAAUGAGGUGAUAACUCAUGGAGUUUCUGGUCUCAAAUUGUACAUGGUGGCACCAUUUCUUUCGUCGUUGAAGUCAUGGAUAUUAAAGCAUCCUUCACCUGUAGCACGGAGACAUAACAAGCCCCUUAAAGCACUCUGCGUGUGGAAUGCAAGGACUAGUCUUGGAGGGAACGGGACAGCAACAGUGGAAAGCAACAAUAGAAAGCCUGAACUCAGGACAACCACAAUGGAAAGCAACAAUAGAAAGCCUGAACUCAGGACAACAACAAUGGAAAGCCACAAUACAAAGCCUGAACCCAGGAAAACAACAAUGGAAAGCCACAAUACAAAGCCUGAACUCGGGACUGCAACAGUAGAAAGCCACAAUACAAAGCCUGAAGUCGACCAUCCUCAGGACAUAGAACCUGCAGACAGUUUCAUAAACUUCAAGUUCGACAAGUCAAUUAUCUUACAGGCGAUGGAAUAGCUUGACUGGUUCAGUCAGGCAGUCAUAUAUGGGUUGGAUUGGUGUUGGGAGUUAUGAUGCGGUUGGAUUGGUGGGUUUGUCUAUAGCAAAACCGUUGGAUAUGUUCAUACACGCUGGUACCUUUCUAUAUCUUUGCCAUUUGGUUUAUAUCUCUCUCGUUUCUUCUAGAAUGAAAGGGUUGUUGUAAAUGAUGGUUAGUAGGGAAGUGGUGAAUCCUUUUGGAUCAUGGCUUUAGAUGACAAUGGUUGCGACCAGCUAUAAAGGUUAAAAGAGUUU